AUGAGCUCUGUGGGAACAGGAUAUGAUUUGUCAGCGGCGACGUUUUCUCCGGACGGGAGAAUCUUUCAAACGGAAUAUGCGUUGAAAGCAGUGGAUGCGGCCGGUACAUGCAUCGCCCUCCGUGGCAAAGACGGGACGGUGUUCGCAGUCGAAAAAUUAAUCAAAACCAAGUUGUACCUGCCGACGACUAACCGUCGUCUGCGCAACGUCGAUACUCACAUUGGCUUCGCAUUCACUGGCAUGUACCCUGAUGCCCAUGCCCUAGCUGAGUUCUGCAUCGAGGAGGCUCAGGACUACUUCCGUCAGUACCGCACGAAGAUACCUUGUCAACACCUGGCCGACCGGCUAUCGCUCUACAUGCACGCUUACACGUUGUAUGGAGCUUUACGCCCUUUUGGCUGCUCGGUGUUUCUCUCCUCAUGGAGCGAAAUAGAAGGUCCUCAGCUUUUCAUGAUCGAACCUUCUGGUGUCAUGUAUGGUUAUCGAGGAUGGGCAAUAGGUAAAGGACGACAAGCGGCAAAAACGGAAAUUGAGAAACUUAAACUGGAAGAACUUACCGUUAAAGAACUUAUCAAAGAAGCUGCCCGAAUCAUCUAUGCUGUCAGAGACGAAACGAAAGACAGAAACCUCGUUUUGGAGAUGAGUUGGGUUUCAAAAGAUACGAAAGGAAAGCACGAAAUGUUACCGCCUGAUCUACUAGCCGAGACUGAAGCAUGGGCGAAGGAAAAGGUGUCUGAAGUGGAAGGCGAUGAAGAACAUUAG